AUGACCACGAUAGCGUCCCUGCCGCGGAUGUCCGCCAAAACUCUCUCAGAGAAGAUUCUUGCUGAGCAAGAUGCCAAAGACCCUACCUAUGCCAUCAUCGAUGUUCGAGACGAUGACUAUAUCGGAGGCCACAUCAAGGGCGCCACCAACGUCCCCAGCCAUCAGCUCGAUGCCAUGAUGCCGACCUUGGUGCGCCGUCUCCGUGAGAAGAAGGUCGUUGUCUUCCACUGCAUGUUGAGCCAGAUCCGCGGGCCGAAAUCUGCGCUGGCCUACCUGCGUUACAGAGACGGGCUGCUCAUAUCACUAGGGGAGAGCGUGCCAGAGGACCAGACUGUGUAUGUGCUGACGGAUGGCUUUCAGGGGUGGCAGCAGACGUAUGGGGAGGACGAGAUGUUGACGGAGGGGUAUAAGAAGGACUUGUGGACGGGCUUGGAUUAA